AUGGAAAACAACAACACAACCAUCCCCAAACCCCUCUCCGAAAUCAACCCACACCCAAGCCUAAGAUUCUGGGCCGGCAUCCUAACCAUCAGCAUCGACCAACUCAACCCCACCCCCUCUCAAAACACCAUUUCCCUCAGCACCCUCACACAAAUCCUCCCCUUCUACUCCCCCUAUACACACAUCAUUAAAAUCGGCAUUCGCCCCGCCAUCCCCCACGAAAUACCCGAUGAAAUCUAUCGCACGCACAUCGCAAACAUCAAACUCAUCGUGCAACAAAUUAAUGAGUUUCAGAAGUUGAAAGAAGUGCAUAUGCGGGUUUUAGUUAAUCAGUGUAAUUUUCCGCAGUUGAAGAUGGGGGCCAGUUUGUAUGGGUUGAGUGGGGUGGAGUGGUCGUUUGGGUAUGUGGAAGGGGAGAAGGUGAGGGGGAGGGGGAUCGCCCCGGUGGUGAUUUCGCCGGUGGAUGGGGUUAUGGGGAGGUUGGUGGGGGUUUUUGAGAGGGAGUUUAGGUGA